CGGCCUUGUCUUCACCGCACCGCAGGCUGUAGCGUUACGUGGGAGGGCGGCUGGUGGAGGGAGGAAGUCAGCGAGGUGGGGACCGCUUGUAGGGACGCGUCUCAGCGGGCAGAGGCUCCUCGCCUGUACCAAAGGCUGAAGGAGGCCGGAGAACAUGCAACACUGCACAAUCCGCCGCUAUCAUGUCUUAUUUUUUGCACUUGCCCGCUAGCCGAGAUGGCCGUCUGCAAGUUGCAUUGUGCCUUUUACAAGGCCGCGAUCUCACGUUAAUAUCUGAAUGACAUUCAAAUUGUGAUUAUUCGCUGUGUUAACUGUGGUGUGAUGGGUUUGUCAGCUACAGAAGUGCAAUAGGCAUGAAGGUGAUCAUUUGUGGCUGUUCUCUGGGAUGAAAUAUCUGUUCUGCCCUGAACUGAGAAGCUAAGACUGCGAGAAGAGUAAAAGACAUUGUGGGAGAAGAAGUAAAGAGGUGGAAUGUGGAUGCAGUCCUCAUCUUGUGGAAUGUUUUAAUCCACCAAAAAGAUAUUUACUGUAUUGCCCUCACCUUUGACAUUGAAACAGUGCUUUCGCAUCUUGGAGACUAUUAUCAUCUUUCACCACUUACAUUGAGAAUUGGCCAGCUUGCCAGUGGCAGGAAACUGACUGAACAGGUUUUAUUGUCAGUGUAGAGGUGUUUUGCGACAGGCAACGUGACAAACACCUUAUUCUUUGAAAGCCCUUCUUAUCCCCAAGAUCUACUCAACCCUACAUUGUGUUGUUGGAGUUAAGGUUGCUAACAGACCUGAAACUUCCUCCACUCCCCCUGCUUCUCGCCAGGGUCCUUCACCUGGCUGGGAGUGGGUGGUGGGUGGACUGUAUUUUACCGGGUGGAGGGUUGGCUCACGGGGUUUGUGCUAUGGUCAGCUGCUUAUUACCGUGCUGCUCAUACUCAGCUUCUGAGGGACUCUCUGUGCGGCCCCAGGACAAGGGAUAGUAAGCAAGCAGAGGGCAAAAAGGAGGAGGAGGCGGCGCUACGGCGCAGGCCAGGUGUGUACUUGGCUUACAGUACCUUUUUUGUGUGUGGUCAUUGCGGUAAGGCACCCACCCAGACCGCAACCAUGGUGAAACUGGCCAACCCAAUGUAUACCCAAUGGAUCCUAGAGGCCAUCAAGAAGGUGAAGAAGCAGAAGCAGCGACCAUCAGAGGAGCGCAUAUGCAAUGCUGUCUCCAUGUCCCAUGGUCUGGACCGCAAAACGGUUCUGGAACAGUUGGAGCUUAGCGUCAAGGAUGGUACCAUCCUUAAGGUCACCAACAAAGGCCUCAACUCUUACAAGGACCCUGACAACCCAGGACGCUUGGCUCUGCCCAAGCCCAAAGGUAGUGGCAGCUCUGGAGGCGGUGGAGGGGGAGGAGGAGGUGGUGGAGGAGGAGGCAGCAGCAGUGGCGGUGGCAGUUCUCACUCCCAUUCAGGGAAGAAACCGGGACUCGACUGGAACAAGUUGAUCAAACGGGCUCUGGAGGGCCUCCACGAGCCUGGCGGCUCCAGCUUAAAGAACAUUGAGCGCUUCCUCAAGUGCCAGGCUGAUGUGGCGGCCUACUUAUCAGGCAGUGGCUCCAUGGGGCCCGGCCUCUUCCACCAGCAGCUUAGGGUGGCCCUGAAGAGGGCCGUGGCCCAUGGACGCGUGGCCAAGCAGGGUCCUAUGUUCCAGCUCAUCAGUCGCAGCAGCUCCCUGGAUGAUGGGACUGGGACAGUGUCUCUGGAAUCACUGCCACCUGUCCGGUUGUUGCCCCAUGAAAAAGACAAGCCGGUGGCAGAGCCCAUCCCCAUCUGCAGCUUCUGUUUGGGGACCAAGGAGCAGAAUCGUGAUAAGAGGCCGGAGGAGCUCAUCUCCUGCGCCGACUGUGGCAACAGUGGCCACCCGUCCUGUCUCAAGUUCUCCCCAGAGCUCACAGCACGAGUCAAGGCUCUGUGGUGGCAGUGCAUCGAAUGCAAGACUUGCAGCAGCUGUCAGGAUCAAGGAAAGAAUGCGGACAACAUGUUGUUCUGUGACUCCUGUGACCGGGGCUUCCACAUGGAGUGCUGUGAUCCUCCCCUCACGCGAAUGCCAAAAGGCAUGUGGAUUUGUCAAAUCUGCCAACCCAGGAAAAAGGGAAAGAAGCUUUUACAUGAAAAGGCAGCACAAAUCAAACGGCGCUACAACGCACCGCUGGGGCGGCCCAAGAACCGGCCGGGGCGGCCCUUCAAGAAGCUGGGCGGGCGUGGUCGGCGGAAGCGCUCAGCCUCGGCCAACUCAUCCUCCAGCUCCUCAUGCGAGGGUUACCCCGGUGACGACCGGCUGCUGUUUUCCAUGCGGGACGACGACGACAUGUCGCAGGGCAGCUUACGAUUCAACAACAAGACUAAGGGCCUCAUCGACGCCCUCACAAAGUUCUUCACACCGUCGCCUGAGGGCCGAAAGGCACGGCAAGAAGUGGUAGACUAUUCACAGCAAUGCCGCAUCCGAAAGAAAGCCUGUCGCAAAGGAGAAGGAGAUGAUAGAGGAGACAAUCAGGAUGGCAGCGACUGGCGUGACGAAGAUGAGAAACUGCCCGGCCACGAGAACCUGACAGAAAAAGACAUUGAACUGUUCAGACACAUCCAGGAGUUGGCACUGCAGAAAGUCGGGGUGACGGGUCCACCAGACCCUCAGAUGCGUUGUCCGUCAGUCAUCGAAUUUGGCAAGUUUGAAAUCCAGACGUGGUAUUCAUCUCCCUACCCCCAGGAGUACAGCAGACUACCCAAACUUUACUUGUGUGAGUUCUGCCUGCGCUACAUGAAGAGCCGGAGCAUUCUCUACCAGCACAUGAAGAAGUGCAACUGGUUCCACCCUCCUGCUAACGAAAUCUACAGGAAGGAUGAAGUCUCUGUAUAUGAGGUUGAUGGGAAUGUAAGCACAAUCUACUGUCAGAACCUGUGUCUGCUGGCCAAGCUGUUCCUGGACCACAAGACCCUCUACUAUGAUGUGGAGCCCUUCCUUUUCUACGUCCUGACCCAGAACGACGGCAAAGGUUGCCAUCUUGUUGGCUACUUCUCCAAGGAGAAACACUGUCAACAGAAAUACAACGUGUCGUGCAUCAUGAUUCUUCCACAGUACCAGCGCCAGGGCUACGGGCGCUUUCUCAUCGACUUCAGCUACUUAUUGUCGAAGCGCGAAGGCCAGCCAGGAUCUCCAGAGAAGCCUCUGUCGGACCUGGGUCGACUGUCCUACAUGGCCUACUGGCGAAGCGUGGUGCUGGAGUGUCUCCAUGAGGUCCGCGAUCGGCAAAUCACCAUACGACAACUAAGCAAACUGACUGGGAUCUGCCCGCAGGACAUCACCAGCACUCUGCACAGCCUCAACAUGCUGGAGCAGCGAGGAGACAGGCUGGUCCUGGUGCGACGGGAGAAGCUGGUGUCUAACCACAUGACUCGCCUCAAGGCCCGGCCGCGGCAGCUGGAUGUCGACCCCGAGUGUCUCCGCUGGACUCCAGUCAUUGUUACCAACACUGUGGUCUCUGAUGCCGAAGGAGAUGAGGAUGAUGAUGAGGAUGAUGAACCAGAGGAAGAAAACCGCAAGGAGAUCAAACCAAGUCACAAAGUCCCACCAAUGUCCUGGCACAUGCGCCACGGGAAGAAGAGGGAUGAGGAGGACGACGAGGAUGACGAUGAGGACGAGGAGGAAGAAGAAGAGGAAAGAAAGGGCUUCCUGGGGUUUCCCAUUAGCCAAAGCUCUCCAACUUCCCCUCCCAUUCGCUUGCCACCCUCUGUCCCAGAGCCACCACGCCCCCCUCCCUCAACAAAUGGAGAACGCAGACCACGGGGGCGUCCACCCAAAAACUGGCCUUGGGGCAAAGUGAAGGACAACACACGAGUGGGACGACCACCUAAGAUCCGCCCAGCGGAGGACGAGGAUGAUGAAGAGGACGAGAGAACAGAGGGAGGAAAACCCACAGGCUCUGCCAGCAGCCCCCCCUCCCUUUUCUCCCUGGACAGACAAGCAGAGUCCACAGCUUUUCACUCACUGGACAUGGCCAGGCACCCCUCCAUAACCCCUACACGGAGAGGACGGCCCCCACGGAAAAAGAGAGGCCCUAAGCCCAGAUUGAUGGAAGGGCCUGGAGAAGGGCUUUCACAGCUUCCUGUGGUUCCCAGGUUAAGUGAGUCUUUGCCUGUCAGGAAGAGCUGCUUCAGUGAAAGUAGCGAAGAAGAGGAGGAAGACGACGACGAUGAUGAAGAUGAUGAUGAGAGGAGGGCAUGCUCCCCACCCAUCCUCACCAAGCCCGCCAUGGGGCUCAAAUGCAAGAAGCCACUGAGGAAGCGUCGUUUUCGCCAGCGCAGCCACCCUCACAGCAGCGUGGUGACUGAGACCAUUUCUGAGACGACAGAGGUGUUGGAUGAGCCUUUUGUAGACUCAGACUCAGAGAGGCCGAUGCCCAGGCUGGAGGAGGAGACGCCCCUGGGUCACCCACUGCACCGCUACCCCCCAUCCCGCUCUGCUCUGAGGUUGUCUGACCCAGCACCCAAAAGGGGCCGGCACUCCCACCUCACAGAUUCAGAGGAAGAUGAGCUAACACCUGUACUGAAGCCUGUGGCGGCUAUGCCAGCAACUCCAUCUGAGACCCUCACGACCAACCCUGAGGUCCCAGUCAAGAAAAAGAAAGGCUGGCCCAAGGGAAAGAGCCGCAAGCCACUGCACUGGAAGAAACGAGGACCUGGAAAACCACCCAGUGGUGGGCCUGACCAGCAUCCAGGCACAGACAGCCAGGCUCAAAGUGGGGAUCCUCCACCCCCCAAAAUCAAGAUGAAGCCCGGUCGCAAGCCCCGGAGCUGGUACCUGCAGCGAGCCCAGGAGGAGGCCGAGAGGCAGGAGCAGGAAAGACAAAGGCUGUUGGAGCAGCAGCUGGACACAGAUCCUCAAAUGCUUCAGUCGGAUGAGCGAAACAGCAAGCGAGUCUGCAGAACCAACACUGACAGCAAACAGAAAGACUCUGAUGAAGAAGACGACUAUCUCCCAAAGCCUGUUGAGCAGAAGGUGCCCAAGAGGAGAGGUAGACCGCCCAAGAACCGUGCCCUCCACCCUCCACCGCAGCCCACCCCGAAACCACCUCCCACCUCUGAGCCAGAGGAGGAAGAGGACGAGGAGACCGAAAGAACCUGGGAGGAAGACAAACCCAGCCGUCCACCGUCACGUCCCCUGCUGUCCCCUUCUUCCUCUUCUUCCACUUCAGGGCCCCGGGCCCCACAGUCCCGGCCUCAGGACACAGAUAUGGGUGACAGGGAAGAGGACGAUGAUGACGAGGAGAGGGAGGAAGAGGAAUGUGGCAGCAUGGGCAGUGGUAGUGGCAGUAUCAACAGGCGAGCAGCAGUUACACAGGGGCCAGGAAGCAGGCGUAGUGAAGACCAUGAUGCAGAUGAUGAAGGUGACGGACACCUGGAGGACAAGAGUAACGGCAGCAACAACAACAGCAGCAAGAAGAGAAAAAGUCAGGACUCUGAAGAUGAAGAUGAUGAUGAAGAUGAGGAGGAGGAGCCUGCCUCCCGUGCAAGCUCUCCUCCGGUCAAAGAAGAACCCCAAGGUGGAGAGGCUUUUUUAGACAUGGAGAACAGCGUGGCCAGGGACUAUGUCAGCAAGCAGGAGGAGGAAGAAGAGGAGGAGGAGGAGCCUGAGGAGGAGGCGCAGGAGACCAAGUGUCGGCCCUCCUCAGCCGACCCGCAGCAGGAGGAGAGGAGGCGCAGAGAGCAGGAGGAGUCUGCUGCAGCAGCUGCAGCAGUGGAAACUGUCACGGCCAUGUCUGUUCCCUCUGAGCCUAUUGAGCUCCAGUCCCUGCACCCAGACGACAAGGACGUCACGCUGUUGAUGGAACCCCAACACACACAUCCACACUCCCACCCUCACCAGCACUCUGAAUUCAAAGAGGAGCUGGGCCACCAUCACUCACACCACCCCCACCAUCACUCCAAUGAGCUGGACCUGGAGACGAUGCAGGCCGUCCAGUCCCUGACACAGGGGGAAGCCCAGGACGAAGAGACUGAGCCCCAGCCACACCACGGGGCCUACCAGGACUGCGAGGAGACCCUAGCUGCCUGCCGGACCCUGCAGAGCUACAGUCACACAGGGGAGGCCGAAGAGGAGGCCCUGGCUUUAGUGGAGGAGUGUGGGGCCUCACAACACAGCAGCCCCCUUCCUAAUCCCCCAGUGCCACCCCUGCCCAGUCAGUCUGUGCGCUCGGUGAACAGUCCGGGGUUGCCCUCAGGCAUCAUGGACACAACCGCAGCUGGGCAGAGGGGAGGAACGCCUGGCCCCACUGGAGCAGGGGGCAGUGGUGGAGGUGCUGGUGGAGGGUACACCCAGAUCACGCCAGAGCAUCCCAGUUCUCUGUCUGCCCCCUCCCAGCAAAACAUGGAGACAUCACCCAUGAUGGAUGUACCGUCUGUUUCUGACCACUCGCAGCAGGUGGUGGACAGCGGCUUCAGUGACCUCGGCAGCAUAGAAAGCACUACGGAGAACUAUGACAACCCUAGCAGCUACGACUCCACUAUGGGCGGAGGGGGUAAUGGAACAGGGAAUGGGGGGAACGGAGGAGGAAUGUCUGCUGCUGUAGUUGCAGGAGCUUCCACAACUUCUUCAUCGUCAGCCUCCUCUUCUUCAAGCUCGGCCACCCCGUCCUCCCAGUCUAACAGCUGCUCCUUCGUGCCAGCCCCCAGCCUCACAUCUUCCACAAGUACAGGAGGAUCCCAACUAGCGAUGGGCAGCUGCAGCCUCAUCCAGCAAACAGGACCGGGGCCCAACAGUGGACCAGGUGCCAGUAAUGUAGGCAGUGCUGUGCCGCAGCCCCCACCACCCCCACCGCCGUCCAACACCCCGAGCUGUGGCAUUAAGUCUCCUCAAAGCUGCGGUGUGAUCGAGAGGCCUCCCAGCACCAACCAGCAGCAACAGCAGCAGCAGUCCCAAAAGAAGGUUCAGCAGCAGCCUCCUCAGCAACAACAACCCCCAAACCCUCAGCCUCCACCGUCAGCACCACCGCCCCCACCACAGCAACAGCAGCAGGCCCUGUCCCAGUGUAGCAUGGGUAAUGGCUUCGCCUCCACACCCAUGAUCAUGGAGAUCCCAGAGAGUGGAGGUGGAGGAGGGGGCCGCACCUUGUAUGAGCGCAUGGGUCAGGACUUUGGCACAGGGGGCUACCCCCAGCCCUCGGCCACCUUCAGCCUGGCCAAACUCCAGCAGCUCACCAACACCAUCAUGGACCCCCACGCCAUGCCCUACUCUCACUCAGCCUCUGUCACCUCCUACGCCACCAGUGUUUCUCUGUCCAACCCCGGGCUGGCCCCUUCACCCCACACUCCCCUCUCUCAGGGCCAGCCCGCUAUGACCCCGCCUCCUAACCUGAGCUCUGGCUCCAUGAACCUGGGCUCCCUGCAGCUGCAAUGCAACAUGCCCACUACCAACAUUGGCCUGGGACCCCCGCCGCACACGCAGAGGCUACAGGGCCAGAUGGCUACAGUCAAAGGCCACAUUUCCAUCCGGUCCAAAGCCACUCAGCAGCUGGCUCCGGCCCCGCACCAGCAGCAGCUCUAUGGCCGUAGCUCGGGGGCCGUCGCCAUGCAGGGCACGCCGCGUACCUUGGCUGUGCAGCGCGGUAUGAUGCCAAACCUCAUGCCCACGCCAGCGCCGUACAAUUCCAUGAACAUGACGCCCCUGAACGCCAUGUCAGCAGGCUACAGAAUGCCUCAACCCAUGAUGAACAGUGGUUAUCACGGCAAUCCCCCUUACAUGAAUCAGCCAGCUCAGUACCCCAUGCAGAUGCAGAUGGGCAUGAUGGGAGGACAGGGUUACCCGCAGCAGCCUAUGCAGCCCAAUCACCACGGCAACAUGAUGUACACUGGCCCCUCUCAUCACAGCUAUGCCGGAGUCCCAAAACAGUCACCUUACAUGAGCAGAUGAGCAGCCAGGAACAGAAAGGAGACAUGAGGCCAGAGCUGAUACUCGCUGUACUCUAAAUGUCCAUUACUCCUGUUCACCCUCCCCAGUGCCACGGCAGGCACCAGGGAGUGGAGGUGAUUGGAGACAGAGAGGGUCUUUGGGUUUCCUGUUUUUCUAUGUUGUCAUUUUGUCCCUUUUUAUUUGGGCUCGUUCCCCCUCCCCUCCCAGCUGGCUGUGCAUGGGAGCAAGUCGGCGGGCUUCCGGGUUUGGGCCGUGUACAUGGACCUGCGUGCUGUGCCGCUUCAGGCCAGGCCUACGCAGUCCUUUGUAAUGUGAUUUCACACAGGCCCAGGAGGCUCCUCCUCCUCAUGACGUGCAGGAGGGGAGCAGGGGAGGACAAGAAUGACGAGGAAGAUACACAGAGAAAGACAAUACAGGAGUAACUCGCUUUGUCAGACUGCGAAUGAAAAACAGUGGUUAACUGAAUAUAUUCAACCAUGCACACAAUCUUUUAAUUGAUAUAGGAACUGCCUUACUUUGAAAAAAGAGACAAUGAAACAUUGUAGGCGGACUUUUGUUUUGUUAAACAUAAUGUUGAAUCUUAUUUUUGUUGUCGUUGUUUUUGUUGAUUGUUUUUUGAAAUACUCGUGUGCAGUCCGACCUCUUAUAUGCUUUGGUCUUUAUAUGUGUGGCAUUCUGAAAUGGUGAUAUGUCUUCUCGCUCUCUCAGAAAUACCCCAACAUCUCCGCGGGGCCACUCUGUCAGACGGCUUUUCACCUAGUUCCAGAAAAGCAUAGGAGCAGGGCCUCCGGUGUUUGAGGUGUCGAGCUGUUUCCAGAGUCUCUGUCUUCCUAGAUGGACCUUGUUUUAAACCAAAAACAGCAAAAGACACAGAAGAGACGAGCGCGUUACUGUCAUUUAAAUGUCCAUAAAUGAAACAAGUAGCAUUAUUUUCCAGUUUGCCACUCUGAAACAUUUAGAUGUAAAUAUUCUGGUACUUCCCAAUAUCCAGCACACACACAUACACACGAACCACAAACACACACGCUGGCUAACUGUCGCCAAUAGGCGGCUAAAACAUUCAGCUGGUCUUGUCCACACUCCACUGACAGAUGGUGUACUAUGUCAGCCUUUUUUUUAGCAGUUUAGGGAAUGCAGAACAAACGAUGGAAUUUCCAUUUAACUGCUUUAAGGAAAGUCAGUUAACAAUAGCUGACCUCUCCUCUUUAAGUGUUAGUGACCCAAAGGGGUCCAGGAGUCUGCUUUUCAGUGGUGUAUUUUGUUAAAACUGUAUUUUUUUUCUUUUCUGCAAAAUUCUGCACUCCCAUUGGCUAGAAAUAUGGCAGUAGACAGUGAGCCUUUAUAAAAGGUGUGCCUGAAUGCCUGAUCUAGUGCAUGGUUUGGCCCUCACGUAGAGGCACGCUCAUAUAAAAGCAGGGUCGGAGGUGAGGAAGUGUGCGAGGUUCUGUUGGUUGUGGCGUUCAACUGGUAGGGGUGAAACGGUUGACCUUGUUGCUCCAUGUACCAGUAUUCAAAGUCAAAAGAGGAGUUUUUUUCAUUUUCUUACAGACCCGACAUUGCAUACUUUAUUUGUGUGUAUUGUUCCGUUCUGUACUUAUUUUGUGUUUCGUUUCUUUCUGAAUUUUAUCAGACUGGGCAGCUUUCUUUUAUGACACAAGCUGACUCUUUUUGACUUUAGAAAACCUAUUGUAGAGAAAAUGUUUUUUCUAUAAUAUAAAAAGGAAACUCUGACAUUGAUAUUGGUACUGUCAUUUUUUUCACUUCUGUUUCAGGAAAAAAAACAAUACAUAUUUUUUAGCUCGCCUCUUGGGUAAUAAUUACUAAGAAAUUCAAAAUUUAAAAAAAUUACCACUCACUUUUAGUGACUUUAAGAUGCCUUUAACCUCUCCAUUCCAUCUCAUCUCUAGAGUUUUUCUAUCUUUGUGUAGUAUAUUAAUGCUAUUUUAAACAAAAGGACUACAAAUAUCUAAAGGUCACUUGGCAUUCUUUUUCUUUUGUUUUUUUACUUGUGUGUGUAUAGGAUGACUUCCUUACAUUUAAGAGGCAUGUAAAAAGGAGCUCAGUAUAUUUCUGUCUGUUUAUAUCGCUUCCCUUUUUGUAUCCUUUGUAAUUGUACAUGUUGCGUUGUAUGCUAAGAGAGAGCGCAAAAUAAAGAGAGGAGUGACAGCUGGGCACACAGUGAAGGUUGAUUUGCGCUCAGAGGCCUCAACUCUCUACUCUGUCCCUGUAUGUAUUUCCAUUUAUUCUGUUUUUUUUUCUUUCUUUCUUAGCAAGUACUUUCAAAGAACUCUGUACAUUUUAACAUAAAAUGAAAAUAAAUUAUGUUGAGCCAUU